AUGGGGACCCCAUGGGCGCCUUGGCCACUCAUCUGGGCCAUGCUGCAGCUGGGCUGGUGGCCAGGAUGGCUCCUAGACUCCCCUGACAGGGCCUGGAGCCCCCUCACCUUCUCCCCAGCGCAGCUCACAGUGCACGAGGGGGACAACGCCACCUUCACCUGCGGCCUCUCCAACAUCCCCGAGAGCUUUGUGCUCAACUGGUACCGCAUGAGCCCCCGCAACCAGACGGACAAACUGGCCGCCUUCCAGGAGGACCACAUCCAGCCAGGCCCGGACAAGCGCUUCCACGUCACGCGGCUACCCAACGGGCGGGACUUUCACAUGAGCAUCGUGGCUACCCAGCUCAAUGACAGUGGCACCUACUUCUGUGGGGCCAUCUACCUGCCCCCCAACACACAGAUCAACGAGAGUCCCCACGCAGAGCUCACUGUGAAAGAGAGAACCCUGGAGCCCCCCACCGAGAGCCCCAGCCCCCCACCCAGACUCACUGGCCAGUUACAGGGGCUGGUCGUCGGCAUCACAAGUGUGCUGGUGGGAGUCCUGCUCCUCCUACUGCUGACCUGGGUCCUGGCCGCGGCCUUCCCCAGGGCCGCCCAAGGUACCUGUGCCUGUGGGAGUGAGGACGAGCCCCUGAAGGAGGGCCCCUCUGCGGCGCCUGUGUUCACCGUGGACUACGGGGAGCUGGACUUCCAGUGGCGAGAGAAGACGCCAGAGCCUCCUGCCCCCUGUGCCCCCGAACAGACAGAGUAUGCCACAAUUGUCUUCCCGAGCAGGCCGGGGUCCCCGGGCCGCAGGGCCUCAGCCAACAGCCCGCAGGGACCCCAGCCUCUGAGCCCCGAGGACAGACCCUGCCCCUGGCCCCUCUGA